GGGAGGGACCGGGGCAGUCCCUGCACCUGCACCUGCUGGGGCGGGCGGCAUGGCGCUGGCGGACGGCGCCCGCGGGCUGCCCAACGGCGGCGGUGGCAGCGCGGCGUCCCCCGGCGGGGCGGCCUCGGCGGAGAUCGUGGAGCUGAACGUGGGCGGGCAGGUGUACGUGACGCGGCGCUGCACCGUGGCGGCCGUGCGGGACUCGCUGCUGUGGCGCAUGUUCUCCCCGCAGCCGGCGCCGGGGCCGGGGCAGGCGGCGGCGGCGGCCGAGCUGCCCCGCGACAGCAAGGGCCGCUUCUUCCUGGACCGCGACGGCUUCCUGUUCCGCUACAUCCUGGACUACCUGCGCGACCUCACGCUGGUGCUGCCCGACCGCUUCCCCGAGCGCAGCCGCCUGCAGCGCGAGGCCGAGUACUUCCAGCUGCCCGACCUGGCCCGGCGCCUGGCCCCGGACGCGCCCGAGCCCGCCGAGGCGGCGGCGGAGGGCAGCGCCUCGCCGCCCGCGCCAGCCCGCAGCCCCUCGCUGCUGCCGCUCACGCCCUCGCAGUCGCUGGACGCGGGCGGCGGGCGGCGCUCGGGCUACAUCACCAUCGGCUACCGCGGGUCGUACACCAUGGGCCGGGAGGCGCAGGCCGACGCCAAGUUCCGGCGCGUGGCGCGGAUCACGGUGUGCGGCAAGACGGCGCUGGCCAAGGAGGUCUUCGGCGACACCCUGAACGAGAGCCGCGACCCGGACCGGCCGCCCGAGCGCUACACGGCCCGCUACUACCUCAAAUUCAACUUCCUGGAGCAGGCCUUCGACCGCCUGUCCGAGGCUGGCUUCCGCAUGGCCGCCUGCUCCUCCACCGGCACCUGCGCCUUCGCCCCCGAGCUGGGCGGCCCGGCCACCGCCGACGACAAGAUCUGGACCAGCUACACCGAGUACGUCUUCUGCCGGGACUGAGCGCCCCGUCCGGCCCCGGGCGCCUGUCCGGCUUCUCAGCCUGCUCCUCAGGCUCCUUCUUUCCCACGGGAGGCUUCUCUGCCCUCUCUUGCCUCCCACCCUCCCCGCAGGACCUGGUCCAGGCUUCUCAGCCCUCUCCACCAGCUCCUGCUGCCCUCCCCAUGGGACCUGGGCCAGGCUUCUCCUCAUGCUCUUGCCUCCCUUCUUCCCCACUGGACCUUGUCGCGCUGUCCUCAGCCUCCUGACUCCCUUCUUUCUCUCAGGACCUCAUCCAAGCCCCUCAGCUUUCCUCUGGCUCCUGCCUCCUUCCCUCCCCUGCCCACAGGACCUGGUCCAGGCUUCUCCACCCUUUCCUGCCUCCCACCCUCCCCACAGGACCUUGUCUAGGAUUCUUAGCCCUCUCCUCAGGUGCUUGCCUCCCUUCUUCCCUACCCGACCUUGUCGCCCUCUCCUCCCCCUCCUGCCUUCCUCCUUCCCCACAGGACCUUGUCCAGGCUUCUCAGCCCUCUCUUCAACCUCCUGCCUCCCACCCUGCCCAUAGCACCUUGGCCAGGCAUUGCUGAGGGAGACGGACAGAGCCCAGUCUCUGCUUCCACUGUGUUAGGGGUCAGGGGAGCCCUAUGUAGAGUUUAGAUGAUGGCUGUGUGGGAGAGUUUGGAUAGGGGUGCUCCUGCUUUCAGGCAGGGGUUUGGUCUAGAUGAGCUGGAGGGCACUUCCAGUCCAGUUUUUUUGUGCCCCCUGCCACCACCUUUACCUCUCCUUUUCCCUCAGGCUGAGAAACAAGCCUCCCCCGCUAGGUUGAGCCCACAGCUGAUUACAAUUUGCAUCAGUGCAAGGAAGGGACAGCCCUGGAAGUGCUGGGCUUUAAAUGACUCUGGGUUUCAAUUUCAAGGGUUAGUCUGGAGCCUUUCCUGGUAUUCAGUGUGGGGCUAUGGGGUUUUCUGAGAGACAGAUCUGAAUCAAGCUGGUCGUCUGUUUUUUAGUCUGGCUUGGUAGGUCUCUACCUGGGGGCGUUGUCCCCCCCCCCCCGCGCGAGAAGGACAGCUGUCUGUACCCUGUGCUCUGUGCAUAUUUCUCCUGCAGGAAGAACUGCCUACAGCUGCCCCUCCAGGACCACUGUCAUCCCUAGCCUUUCCCCCUGCUCCCUCCCCUGGCUUUCCCCAAAUCCAUGUACUUCCCCUUCACUGGAAAAAGCUGGUGCCUGUUCAACUCCAAGGGGAAAGGGCAGCCCUCCAAUCAACUCCUCUGGUCUAUCAGCCACUUUAAGGAUGCAGUCCCCUCCAGAGACAAAGCAGCUGUUCCUCGAAAACUUGCAGUGCUUGUGAAUCAUAGCUUUCAUGGGUGGUGUAAAUUCUUUACAGUGUUAAUUACUAUAUACAGUAUAUGUGUGUGUAUAUAUGUGUGCGUAUGUAUACACAUGCACAUAUAUACACAUGCAAAUGCAAUGGAUUACUUACACACACACAAACACACACACACACACACAUACUUCAUUGCAUAUUCUUUAAACUCCGUGAAAGGGGAUUGGGGUCAAAUCAAAACUGGGCUCGCUUGCAUGGAGGAUGUACCUGCUUCCUGUGACAGUGAUAUGGUAGAUGAUUUUUAGUUGGGUUGGAAAUUUGUAUCAUUGCAACAUGUGUUCCCUGGUUGCAACCUUAACUUCCCUUUCAUUAGUAUUAUAAAACAAACAGGAAAAACCGCCCCCGGGAGGCUAACUGAUCUGCUUCCUAAAACAACUUUCUUCCAUGUUAAUAAUAACCCCCCCCACCUAAUUUUCCUUAGUUUUUGUGGCACUAGUAUCCAAGGGGAAAAAUUACACUGCUAAGCAACCAUUUCCUAGGCAUAGUUAGGUGCCUUCACCAAAAAAUGUGUGGAAUUAUACUCAGCCCUGACAAAAAAAAAAAAAGAACAGGAAUAUCUCCAACCCUCUUUGGUGGGAGCUACCCCCACUUGCAGUAUUUGGUCCAUACAGGCUAUUUUUUGCCCCCAAAGGAAGCGGCCGUAGCUUCCUUUGAAAGAACUUUCUGCAAAAUCACAAGGUUUUGUAAUGAAAGAAAAGUUAGUGGCUCUUUUUACUAAGCAGCUAGAAAUCUGAGUACAAAAGCACUUUAUACUUCUUGAAUUGUAUAACAUGUUCUAUCAUCCAUUAAAGUUUCAACCAAAAUUAUAUCUUUGUACUUAUCCUAAAUAUCUGAGAACUUGGGUGGUGCAUAUUAAAGCUUGAAGGUAUAUUUGUAAAACGGUUAAUAAAACUGAUUGUCCUGGUUAAUAAAACCGAAUAUUACUAGCACUUGUAAUCUAACCAAAGAAUUUCACAGUAAGGUUUUAUUUUUAAAACCUUACUUUCCUUGUAAAGUGCUAUAUCUACAUAAAUAUUAAAUCUCUUCAUCAAAGAAGAAACAUCUAUUACAAGCUUCAGUUCCUGCUCUCUAAUUUCACCACUUGGUCUUCAACUAAGUGUGUACUUGCCUCUUUAAAGCAUGCAUAAAACGGCGUGAAAAUUAAACUGCAUGAAAUAAUUUGAGUCCCCAUGCAGUGUCUUUUAUUAAAUACACUAAGAUAGCUUUUUCAUGUGGUUAAACUGAAUACUUACCUAUGAAAGCAACAGGUAUGGUCCAGUUGUAGAUAAUUGUAAAUUCAGAUAUUUUUAGAAAGAGAGAGAGAGACAUUUCAACUUAGAUGAGCAAUAAGAUAGCAAUGGGAGGCCAGUGCAUGAGAAGAUAGAAUUAAAUCUGGUUGUCCUCUGCCUUAUUUUGAACUAUUUCCUUUGUGCAUAUCUUACCUACACCACAAGUGAAAGGUUGGUGAUCACAGCUACUAAAUCUUCACCAAGUCAUUCACUAGAAUCAAUGACUUACCUUUUUCUAGUUUGUCAAGUAACUCUGAAGUACCUUUUUAAAAAUUUUUGUAUAAAAAUCAGUUUUCAGUGUUUCAAUUAGCUCUAGCUAGUUUUUUUAAUGAACCUUGUACUGUAGCUAAGUCCAUCAUACAAGUUAUAAAUAGGGACAAUUUUCAAUUGAACUUGUGAUUUAGUGUAUAUAUACAUACACAGUAUAUGAACAUUUUACACAAAUCAUUUAGUUUUUUAUUCAUUUUAGUGUUACAAAAUUUCAUAUUCUAUCUAGCUUAAACAUUUGCAUAUUAUGCUAUGUUUAUAAUAUGGUUUUGAAUCUGUUUCCUAUACCUGUAUCCAUGGAAAAACUGAGUAUGAAUAUCUGCAUAAUACUAGAACUAAAUCUGUCUACACUUUAUUUGCUUGAAUGUGAAUUAUAACUAAAACUACUUGAUGGCAAAAUGCAUCCCUAAAAUGAAGAUUGCCCGUCUUUUGAUCAGUGAAUGUCUGUCUGUUUGCUAGCAGAUGACCCAAAAGCUCAUGAUUAUUUUUAAGUAAAAAUGGAUGUAAUAAAAACUAAUACUUUUUUAAAAA